AUGUCGAACUUCGUCGCCUUCCUUCUACUGAGCGGCUGCUCUCUAGCUUUCGCGGAUCCCGUGAUCACCGCAGCAGCAGCACUCGUUCCGCGCGACACAGAUCCCAGCUUUGUCGGGUACAUCGCUGAGGGAGGCUCAUACGGGAACGCGCGCUCGUGUGACUAUCCGCAAACAGUGUCCACAAGCGGCGCGUACGUACAAUGCUGCCCGACGACGGGGAACUGUCCGUUUUACACCUCUUGCUCGGCCAACACGCUCUUCGCCGCCGGUGGCGACACCGUCCCCUGCGACGUCAGUACGCAACUGACGUGCAAUACGGGAAUCGUUCUGCCGACACCUGGAGCGGCAGGUGGCCCUAGCUAUCUCGCAUGUUGGCAGACCAGUUUGGGAUCCAGCCCUUUUACUUUCGUGCAGGAUAUUGGCACUGCGACUGCAGCCCCAGCAGGGUCGACAGGUUCGGGAUCAGCACCUUCUGCAACGGCGUCAGGUUCAGCAGCAGCUUCAGGAAGUACUGCAUCAGGCUUGUCUUCGACGGGCGCCGCGUCAAACUCGCAGUCAUCGGCUGGUAGCGCCGAGACGACUUCGUCAUCUGGGUCUUCUUCUUCUUCUUCAUCAUCAAGCUCCUCUUCAGCAAGUGCAAGCUCGGCGGGCUCUAACGACGGGGUAACUCUUGGUUAUGAGACUGGCCUUGUAGGGGGAGUCGUGGCCCUGCUGGCGCAGAUGUUAUUGUGA